GUUAGUUUUUAGUCAAGUCAAUGCUUGUGAUGGAAGCUUUAAGGAUGCAGUGCGGCAGGUGUACAGUGAAUGCAGCGUUACUGAACGUAUACAACCUGUAAUGCUUGCCACAUAAAUCCCGAGUCAUGCCCACUGGUUACUGGGCAUGUUCGGUGGUGCGGCCUGGACAGCAUAGGUAGUGUGUCACAGUUAUGGUGGCCGCUGCCGUGUCCAGCCCCUGCUGUCACCCGAGAUCUGCCUCAUCGCCUCCGGGGAGUGAAAGUGUAGCGAUGCUGCGUAACGUGCAGACAGUGUGGGCAGGCCAUCCACAAGUAGCCACCCAGCCAAACACUCAGAUGCUCAUGACUUAUCUUAAGACAUUGAGAACAAAGGUGAAUGCUUUAACCUUGGAGUGUAUAAACCUGUGAUAUCCAUAAUGUGAUCAUACAGUCAGCAGAUUGGACAGUGCAUGGUACCCUAGUCACAACUGGUGUAGCUGUCUUCAAAGAGUAACUGUUAUGCUGUUGAUCUCUUGCUGUCAAGUUUAAAACUUCUAAGCCACAGCAACCAUGCGAUGGCAUAAGAAGUUCAAGGUUCUUCGCUGUUAUAUCCUCAUCCUGGGCUGGCUUGGAAUAAUCCUGCUUUUCUUAUCUUACUGGAGAGUGGAGACAGACCCAUCUCAUCCACCUGCACCUCUGAAGGUCAGUGGAGGAGGUGCACCACCACCUGGUCUCCUUCAGCAAGAAAAACCACGAGCUAAGAAGCUGCGCCAUUUGUGCAACCCACCAGACCGCAUCCAAAGAAACCAAGAGGGAGUGUUACCAUCACAGUAUCAACUGAGUGGAGUGGUGGUCUUACUGCGCCAUGGGGACCGUGGACCAUUAAUACACGUGAGGAACUUGUCCAGCAUUAAUUGUGGUCAUCACAGCUAUGGCACUCCUACUUACAAAAAGUAUGUGGGAGACAUACUUAAUGUGUCCCGCACUAAUACCUAUGUCAACUUUGUAGGCCCAUUUGUAAGGUUUCCAUUGUUACCUCCUCCAGCUCACUGUGGUCUGGGGCAUCUCACCCCACAAGGUGUAUUGCAGCAUUUACAGUUAGGUAGAGUGCUCAGGCAAGUGUAUCUCAGUGAGCUCAACUUGCUGAAUAACCGCUGGGAACAGGAAGAUAUUUUAGUGUAUUGCACUAAAUAUCGCAGAACAUUCCAAAGUGUAUUGGCCUUUCUUUACUCCUUUCUCCCAGACUUUGACAUCUCUAAGGUUCAUCUGCAGGAGGGUAGAGGUGUUAGCUUCUGUGGAGAUGACUGUCACUGCGAACAGUCAGAUUACUUUGACCAAAGAUAUGAACAGGAAAGACGUGACUAUCGCAGGUCACAUCCAGGCAUUGUGGACUUAGUUCAUCGGGUAAACCCAUUAGUGAGGGAUGGCGAGGACAUCACCAGUCCCCUUGUGAUGCGAGAUGCUUUGUUGUCCUAUGUAUGUCAUGGUGCCUCCCUGCCCUGUGUGGGUGGUCGAUGUGUGAAGGUUGAGGAUGUAACAGGCCUGGUGUCAUAUGAAGAGUGGGAGGGGCGGCAGAAGCGUACCUCCUCCCAGCGUAAGGCAGCCAAGCUGAAGGUUUAUGGGUUACUUAAGAGUAUCACAGGAGUUGUAAACAGCAUGAUGGAAGACAGUCAUCCUCGUGUGGUAGUGUACUCUGGCCAUGACCGCACUCUCAAGUACCUUUUGGACACCCUUGGUAUACCAAACUACCAAUUGCCCCACUAUGCUUCGAGAUUGGUGCUGGAGCUGUACCAAAACACCUCUACCACUCCUGGUCCAGAUUAUCAUGCCACCUUCUUCUUCAGAAUGGUGUAUAAUGGAAAAGACAUUACUAAAUUUAUCCCCUUCUGUGACAGUAUAACUAUAAAGCAACUGAAAUCAGGUAGUGUGAAGCGUGGUGCCAUCAGCUUGUGCAGUGUUAGCAAGUUGGUGAAUUAUCUCAGGCCAGAUGUGUACUUCAAGGAAUUUAAUGCAGCUUCUUUCAGAGAUGCCUGUCGUAAAUGAAAUUCGUAAAAGACUUGGAUGACAAUAUGACUACUUUGCCCUGGCCUUUUUAAAGCCAAAGUUAUGCUUAAGGGAUGAAAAGCAGGCAUCUGCAUUUGCCCCGGUGGUUCUUGUAGGAUGUGGUUUAAAGGAACUGUCAUCAUGUCUCCUUGAAUUUCUAGUCCAAAUAAUAGUGUUUUGCUUUUUUUACAAUGAUUUUAGUUUUAUAUGAUUCAUCUUAUCAGUAUUAAAGGAAAGGUCUUAGUCAUUAGUGUUGUAUAGAGUACUGUAGAUGGUUUUGAUUAUUUUAUAGUAUAAUUUAUAGUUGUAGAAAUGUGAGAACUAAUUAAGAUUUUUUUACUUAUUUGUUAAUUUCUGUACAGCUCAAUUCAAUAGCUCUUGCAAGCACUGGCAGCCACACUCAGUUUUGUUUUGGGUAAUUUCAAGGAAAGGCUGAGAUCAUAGCCUUUCAAAUGAAAUUUUUUGCAGCAUCUCCACUUUUUAAGAAUUUGAUGAAAGGUGAAUAAGCCUUUUUCCAAUUUAGUAGAGUAUUUCAAGAUUACACCCCUAAUAUUUGCAUCAGACACCCUGUUGUGAGCUAUAUGGGAGAGGUCAUCCUGUAUUUUAAUGUGAACUGUUUAUAGGCAGCAAGUUGUCAGAUGUGUAGUGCAAUUCCUGGGUGUCUAAUCUUAGGCAGCCUGACUGGGAGUUUGUCUUAAGGGAAAUGUUAACAUAAUUAUAUUGUUUUAACUAGUUUGUGGAAGAUGUGAUGCCUUGCAAAGAGUUGCUUAAGGUCAACAGGAUGUUCUGAGUGGAACUGCUGUCACCAUGUAUUCAGAGAGGGAAUGGAAAUAUAUGUACUAGUAGAAAAGAAAUACCUAUACUAACACAGUGUACAGAGUAGUGUGCAGCAGAGCAGCUUGCUGAUGCAGGGUCAAUGCCUAAGGCAGGGCCUGGCUGACUCAUAAGAAGAGCUUAAGUGUGGGAAUCUUCAGUGGGAUCAGCUGCUGAGAGCAGCUUACAGGGUGGUACAGACACAGGCAGACUGUCAGCAGACCUUGGGAAAUUGGUAAAGAUGUGAAUAUGUGAGGAUUUACAGCAAUACUUUCAAACUUGACUGUUAAAACUGUGUCCUUUGUGAUGUCAGUGUUUUUCUGGUCUGUGAUUCCGGCUGUUCUGAUGUUAUGGCUUUUGUGAAUCUUGUGAUUGGCCACUGCUCAUAUCACAGGUUCUUCCUCUAUGAUGGGCUUAUGCACCAUGUUCUAAAAAAUUUUGCUGAUAUCCCUGCACCUCAUCUUCUAAGGGAAUGAAUACUAUAUUGUGCUGUCAUUGUUUAGUGAAGUAUUACUGUCUCAGGUCUCAUGCAACAUCACAAAUUCAAUGUUUACAUAUAUUUUAGUUUUUUUACAUUUGCUUGUCAUAUAUUCUUGCUCUUAUUAUUAUUUUUAUUAUUAUUGUGUCUUAUGCUUAGACAGUACCCGUAGAUUUUAUCUUGCUUGUGAGGUUAGUGUCAUCCAAGGUACCAUGUGGUCACACCUUGUUCAGCAUCAGGUCAUGCUAAGGUAUGACUGAGUUGUGUUAGUUUUUAUUCUCUCUGUGGACUGCUUUUGCAGCCCACCACACCAUCCUGCACUCAAACUCUGCUUGCCAGUUGUCCUUGCUCAGCCUCUGGGGAUGGCUGUGUAGUUGCAUGCUGCUCCACUGCAUGCUGCCAUUUACAUUCCAGUGUCAUUACACAGCUUGUUCUACACCUGUAUUUCCAUUCGUCCCCACACAAUACAUGGUCACAGUAUUUUCAUCCAGAAUACUUGUAUUAUACCAUAGUAAAACCCUUAAGUCAGAUUUUAUGGGGCUAAAGGAUGAAAGCUUGACUUAUCAAUGCCUGCCCCCUAUGGGGGAAAUUGAGCCUCUUUACUACCAGAAAUAUUUUAGAAAACACUUUGAUGUUGUUAGUGCCUAGAAAUAGUGUAACUUGAAUUUUCCUUGUGGAGAUUCUGGUUACAGGGAAAAAUAUGUACUAAAUGAAGUCCGAAUUUUCUCAAAGGCAAGGGAGACUACAUUUGUGACAGGUAUUAUAUGUAUGUUUGCUUUUAAUUGAUUAUCAUUUCAGUGCACUCUUAAUAAAAUGAUGAUGUCAUUGAUCAGCUACUGUACUAGAAUGAUGUAUAGUGGUACCUCGAUUUAUGAGUUUAAUUCAUUCUGUGACAGAGCUUGUAACUCAAUUUGCUCAUAUUUCAAUUAAUUUUUCCUCAUUGAAAAUAAUUAAAAUGCCAUUAGUCUGUUUUGGCACCCCCUCUUCAAUUUUUUUUCUUUUCUACAUUUUCAAAUUAGAAAAGGUUAUACAUUGUAUUAAAACAAGAUAUAAGAAAGGGAAUACAACAAAAUAAGCUUGUUACAUGAACUGUAUUUAUCUCAGAGAUCAGACAACUGUGGGGUAACUGAAGAUGCUGGCAAAGGUAGGCUUAGGACUCAUGAUCACACAAAAGAAAUUUAACUAGAUAACCAUAUAUAAUGCACAAAAUGGUAGCACAGCACAAGAAAUGCUUCCACAGUGGAAAAAGGUGAACUGAAUGUGUUGGACAUGGAUGCUUUGCCAGCUAGCAGCGGUGUACUUCGAGCUAGAUUGUAACUUGAAUUUUGGCUCUCAAGUCUAAAUAAAAAAAGAAAUUGACCAAAAGACGGCUCACAUCUUGAAUUUCUGGUAACUUGAGAUGCUCGCAAGUCGAGGUUCCACUGUACUUAAUUAGUUUUAGACAAUUGCACAAUAUGGUUCUGACUGCAGGCAGCCAUUAGUUGAAUCUAGUCUGUCCUUAGGGACUUUCUGCCUUAUGUAUGUCCAGCUUAAGGGAUCUUAUUUUAUAUUUACAUAGUUAGAGAUAGGUAUUGUGUAUAUCUUUUUAUAUGAAUUGCAACCUUUAGGACAUCAUGACUGGAUUUAGCCUUAUAAUGUAAUUUUGUAGCAGUGAUUGUCAUGUUUUUAUUGGAAUGGAAAUGAUGUGGAUUCCUUUUAACAGUAAGCCAUAUUUGGUCUGUCUUCUUUUUUAUUAAAAAGAAUUAUUUUUCGUUCCCCAGAUAGUGACAAAUAUACGGAUGUGAUGAUAAGAAGACAUGGAAAUUAAUUAAAUAAAGAUAGAUGUGUGAUAGAUUCAGUUACUUGCAGGUAGACCUUUAUAAUUGCCUUGAGCUGCUUUGGCAGAAUGGUAAGCUUUUGUGUAAAUAAUAAUAUGUGUUAUGUUAAGGCUUCCCAGAAUGACAUGUCAGCUCCCUGGAAGUGUAACAUUAUCAGUCUCAUAGAAAUAUUGUAUCAGGCCUUGUGUUUUAAGAACCAUGUCUAGUUAAUGAUCUUACUCCUCAAAGUAGCUGUGGCAUUAUCAGCUCCAUGCUCAGGCCUUUUGUAUGUAUAGUAGGAGAGGCCUUGGCUGUGUCCCUCCAUGAUGCUCUUCUUUCACAUUAUCAGGAUAGUCAAAUUAGGAUAUGGUUUUGUUCAGCCUGUGGAACCAUUGCAUUUAUCAUGUGUUUGUUAAUUCUUGUUUUUCAUAUCUCUUUCCUCAUUAGAACAUUCAAGAAAGGUUAAACCAUAACACACAUACAUGCACUUUAAAAAAAUACAAUUUUACUUUGUCUUCAUAUGACUUCUUUAUUUUAAUCCCUAACAGAAGUUUAACUGGUUCAGCCUUGUCACUUCUGUGAGCAAAUUAGAUCCUGUUAUAAUUCACCUUCACUUUGUAAUUCAUACCCUUGAUCAUUUGAGAAGUCUGCCUUCAUUGUAAAUUCUCCUUUGUCAUAUUUUCUUACAAUUGGUCAGAGUUAUGUAUUAGAUAUGCUCUUUGAAUGCUCUCUGGAGAAGUUAGAUUACCUAUAGCAAGCUAGAUGUCAUGAUUGUUGUGAGAUCCAACAAGCUAGAUGUCAUGGUUCAGGGAUCCUCAGAGAGGCCCACAGUAUCAACCUUCAGGGGUGUAUGGGACUAUUCAAGGGGUUGAUAAAUUUCUAGGGAUGAAUUGAUGGUUAGUAAAAUUAUAGAAAAUCUGUAGAGGUGAGGUGGCAGUUGGUCCAUGUCUUAGGAUCCUUUUAGAGCUCCUUGUCAGUCAGUAGCCAUCCUGUUGGUUAGGUGGUUGUUUGGUGGCCAGGCAGCAUAUGUAGAAUGGUUAGCCUCCAGCAAGACCAUCCUUGUAGAUGUCCGUCAGCAGUAAUACUGUUACUUAAUUAAAGUAUUUUUUUCUUUAAAUGCAUGAUUGGGAUUGAUGGAUGAUUCAGCACUUCAUGAAAAGAUUGACGAACUACUAAAGAAUGCAGAAACCAUGCUGUAGAUUAUAGCAAGCUAGAUGUCAUGGUUAUGAUGAACUAUAAUAAGCUUAAUGUCUUGGUUAAUAUAAGAUAUAGUAAUCAGAUUUCAAGAUUGUUGUAAACUUGAAAUGCCAGAUGCUGUGGUUGGUUCUAAAACUAUACCAAGCAGUGUGUUGUUUGUUGUUUGUUGUUUCAGGUUAAGGGUUUUCAUGCAAUUUUGUUAAGAAACGAGGAGACACAAAUCAGCAGACACAGUAGUAUAUUAUUAUUUAUCUCAACAGUGUACAUUUCCCUUUCAUCUUUGGCAAAUACAUAGUUAUACUAGUCUUUUAGUGUUCAAGUAAAAGGACCUGUGCUGUACACAAUAUGCACAAUGUUCCUGCCAUUUACACAGUGUUGGUCUUUUGGAAGUAUGAGUAUUGUGAUUAACUUGCUAUGUAUUACAUUUGAUUUGUGAAAGGGACUUCAAGGAGGAUUAGUAUUUCUUUAUUUUUGACAAUGUAUGUAUACUUGAGAAAAUGUAGAUGUAGCUUAGUUUUAGCCAUGUUGUAUGGUUAGGAGUGUUCCAACAGGUAUGAAGUUGGAGAAAAUAAAUCAAUAGUAGGAAGAGGAUUAUUCAAUGCAAAUAGUACUUCUUAAUUCUAGAGUUACAACUAAUGUAGGAAUAUGCUGGUAUGAAUUGAUAGUAUUGAGGCCUCUCUAUCAUAUCGUUUGUAUGAUUUAAGAUGUGGAAUAUGUAAGGUGGACAAGAAAUCAGCUCGGUUUGAGGAAGACCGUAAAUUUUCACAAUAGUACCUGGAAGUUGCUAAGUUACUUUUUCUUAACAUUAUAGAAACUUAAAUAUUUUUGUAGUCAUUUUAUGGUGUCAGAAAUUCAUGAAAUCACUACUCACUAUUGACAUGUAAGGAGCCUUGAAUGUGUGCACUCUUAUGUAAGGAGAGAUUGAGAUUGAAAUUUCCAUCUCUUCUACAUUUUCAUGAACAAAGUCCCAGAGCUUCAAUAACAGUGCCACUAAACAGGCAUGUGUGAGUUGUGGAAUGUUAUCAUGAAUGGUGCAUGACUGGUUGUCUUUGUUUCAUUGGAGUGCCCUGUUUCUUUCCCAAAAAUGAUACUUUUGUAUUCAAUAUGGAUCUUCCUCCAUGUGCUUAUGUGGAACUGAGUUAUGAUGACAAUAUUGUGUAUACAUUGCCUCCACACAGAAGAUAAACACUGUCCCCAGUGAUUCUUAAAUAAUUACAUAUCUUUAAGGAUCUACUGGCUGUAUAGGUUUAGGACUUUGUAAUCACAGUAGACCUUCCUGUACUUAGUCACUACCUAAAGUGCAUAGCACCAAGUUACCAUGUAUUUUUCUGUCAAUCAUGAUUUUCAAACUCUUGAGAGAGAGAGAGAGAGAGAGAGAGAGAGAGAGAGAGAGAGAGAGAGAGAGAGAGAGAGAGAGAGAGAGACUCAAAUGGUCUGGACUGACUGACUCUAGUAGAAACAUUAACCUUAUAUUAAGGUGACACGCCUUGCAUGGCAGCGUUAUGUUGACUUGAUAAACGUGCUUGUCAUGUCAUAUAUUUUUUUUUCUAACAACCUGUUUAUCUAAAGUUUGUAUUGCAAUUCUCAGAUGCACAACUUAUUAAAGAUAAGUCAGUGGCCAGAUACAGUACAUCUGCAAUAGUUUGUGAUAGAAAAUGUAGUACAAUGAGAAAUAUAAAAGUAGUUCCCUCCCCCAGCUCACUAGCUUAAUGAAACCUAAGACUGCAAGGGUAACACAUUUCAAUCAAUCAUGCAGGAAAUAAAGUAGUUGAAAUUUCA